UUAAGAAGUAGCAGAACAAUGGCGACUUCUCAGCAAUUUUUAAACCCUACACUCUUCAAAUCCUUAGCUUCCUCAAACAAAAACUCAUGUACUCUCUGCCCAUCUCCUUUCUUGCAACUCAAGUCCGCCUCCACAAUUUUCAAUUACAAACCACUUACUUCCUCCUCCGCCACGAUCAUCACACGCGUCGCUGCAUCAUCCUCCGAUUCAGGCGAGUCAAUAACCAGAGAGACUUUCCACGGCCUCUGCUUCGUCUUGAAAGACAACAUCGACACCGAUCAAAUAAUCCCCGCCGAGUACGGCACUCUCAUCCCUUCGAUUCCAGAAGAUCGCGAGAAACUCGGCUCUUUCGCGCUUAACGGCUUACCAAAAUUCUACAACGAACGUUUCGUUGUUCCAGGAGAGAUGAAAUCAAAGUACUCAGUCAUCAUCGGCGGCGAUAAUUUCGGUUGCGGAUCUUCCCGCGAACACGCUCCAGUUUGUCUCGGCGCGGCGGGAGCUAAAGCUGUGGUGGCGGAAUCGUACGCUAGGAUCUUUUUCAGGAACUGUGUAGCUACAGGUGAGAUUUUCCCGUUGGAAUCGGAGGUUAGGAUUUGCGACGAGUGCAAAACAGGGGAUGUGGUGACAAUCGAACACAAGGAAGACGGUAGUAGUUUGCUGAUCAAUCAUACGACGAGGAAAGAAUACAAACUGAAACCGCUCGGUGAUGCCGGUCCGGUGAUCGACGCCGGUGGAAUCUUCGCUUAUGCAAGAAAAGCCGGCAUGAUUCCUUCUGCUUGAAUGUAAUCGGAUCCAUAAUUUAUCGGUUCUGAGUUUAAUCCGGUUUGGUUUAUUUGGUUCGAGAACCGGUACUAACGAAAUAAAUUAUUACCAAACCAAAAUUUCUUCUGGUUCGACUUUGUUUGCCACGUGGAAACAGCGAUAUAAACAAGUGCCCAAAAAGGCUUGCAAUGGUUUUUGUACAAGACCUUCGUUUUCUUCAAUGUUCCUCUUUUCUUAGAUGCAUUUGCAUGUCCUCUCGAACUGAAAGUUUAAGGUUCUUCUUCUGCCUUCGCAUCUGUACUAAGGUUGGUUUCGAAGAUUUCUCAUCUCUUUCAAUUGUAAUUCUUAUCACAUAUACUCUAUCUGUUGUAUAAUUCUGUUUCUGUUGAAGUUAAGUGUGUUUAUCUCCGCUUUGAAACUCCUUUUCCUGUUUGUAUUAUUUUGCAGUGGGUGAAUGUUAGUUGAAUUUGUGGUUUGAAGUCUC